AUGCUUCAAUUAAAAAAGAUUGACAUUUUCUCAUCUGAGUUUUCAUUUUAUGUUGAAAAUGAAUUGACAAGAAAGAGAACACUUUUUGGUGUUUGUUUAACUUAUAUAACUAUCAUAACAGGGAUAACUUAUCUGAUCUAUUUGUCCAUUUAAUAUAAAAAUAAUUAAAUAGACCCUAAAUUUAGAUCUUAGACAUUUGUAAGUGAAGAUCAAAUAGAUGUCAAUUUAAGUGAAGACCUAGUAGGAUUUAGAUUUGAAUAUCUAGUUAAUAAAAAUAUUGAGCAACUUCAGUAAUAAUAAAACAAAACUUACAUUGUUUAUAUGCCUGUUUUAUUUUACUACAAUUAGGAAGAUUUUUAUUAUUAUCCUCUAAAAAUCUUAAACUGCACUAAUCCUGAUCUUGAAGGAUACAACUGCUUAGAUUUUUCUUAAUUACAAAAUUUUACGUUAACAGUUAGCACAAAAAUGAACUUUAAUACUUAAAUAUUUAUCCUUGUUUAUAGAUGUUUGGAUAUUGAUAGCGUUAAAACUACAAUACCUAAUAACUGCGCUUCCUAAAAAGAAAUUGAUGAUGCAAUUAAUAGUCAAUACUCAAAUCUACGUUUAAAACUAUUAACUUCUUAAUAUAAUAUUACGUCUUAAAAAUUUUAAACUAACUAUAGAAAUUAGUUUAUUUACACAUCAGCUAAUUUAUUUAUACAAACAAAAUUGAAAGCUCAAAAACAAACUACUAAAAUAAAUGAAGGUUUUUUAAUAUAAUCAGAAUCAACUUAUGCAGCACCUAUAAACUAUGAUACUUUUACUUAGUAAUUUGACAAAGCAUAUGCAAAUCUAACCUCUGGAGUAGGGCCUUAUCUUUAAGUGGAUUUGGCUGUAGAUGAAUUAUAAAUACUUAUAAAUAUUGAAUUUCCUAUAUACCCUGAAGUUCUGUCUUUAGUUAACAGUAUUGUUGCUUUGAUGAUGGGAGUAGGAUAUAUAGCAAGAUACUUUUCCUAAAGAUUAAUAAAAUAAUAAUUUUUCCUUCUUUUUCUACAAAAUCUAUUUUAAGAAACUUAUGAAUAAUUGUUAAAAUUUAACAAUAUGUUACCAAAUAAUUAAGAAGUUUGCUUUAAAAAAGCUGAAUAAAAUUAGGAUGUAGUCGGCGCGGAAUUCGAGGACAAUACAAAUGCAUUAUCAGAAGACAGAAAAUCAAACGAAAAUAAAAAUUUAUUUAGCCCCAAAGAGUAAUAAAAAAAGUAGAUGAGAUUAUCUUCUACAAAGAAACGAUAUUUAGAAAGAACUUGCAUAAAAGAUCAUUCUAAUUUAUAAAACCUAAAGUAAAAAAAUGUAUCUCUUACUUAAAAUCUUCUUUUGAGUCCGAUUAGAAGAUAACUUAGUUUAAUUAUUAGCAAACGAUAAUUUUGUAAAGUAUAGCAAAAGAGUAUCAAGAAUGGUGGUAUUGUUUAAUAGCAAGGUAGAUUAUGCCAUUCUUAAAAGAAUGAAAUUUAAGAAAUCAGUGAUGCUUUUUCCAAAAAAUUAAAGUUUAUUUUUAGUGAACAAAAUUUUUAAAAGAUUAAAAGUAAAAUAUUUGGCAGAAAGUAAUAAUUUAAAAAAGUAAAAAAUGCUAAUAGUGUAGAGUAAUCAAUUUAGGAGGAAGUAGAACAAUAAAUAAAUAAAAGUUUAGAUAUUUUUUAACUUUACAAAGACAUUAUAUUUUUAAAGAAAGCUGUAAUUAUUUUACUAACAAAGGAUCAACUGGCAACUUUAUAACUAGUAGGUUAUUCUCCUAAGUCUUAAUUUUUAUAACAUAAUCAAGAAAGUCAAAGUCAUAAUUAGAAAUAAAAUCCAAAGAAGAAAAGUUAUUUCUAGUAAUAAAUAGAAAUAUAUGAAUCUUAAGAAUUACAAUCAUAAUAUAUUAAGAAAUUUUUUUCUAAAUUUUCAGAGGGAAAUCAUAUAGUUAGUGAAACAGAUUACAGAAUUCUAACAUCAAUCAUGAAGUAGGAUAAUUGA